AUGAAUCUCGAAGCAAGGGAACACAACAUGACAAACAAAGUGGAUUCAGAGCCAAAAUGGGCCAGGACUAGUCAAAAGAUCGAGUUAUUCAGUAAAUUGAUACACAAGUCAGAGGGUCGGUAUAGGAUCCCAUUGGAAUACCCCAACCAGAUAGCAAAACAAUGGACAUUGAAGCUGAACAAAAGUCCUGCAUCAUUAUUGAGUAAGCAUGAUCCUCCCAUUGUUCUUGCUAAGGUUGAUGCCAAUGCGGAGUUAAACAAAGAGCUUGCCUCUACACAUGAGGUUAGUGGCUUUCCUACACUUAAGAUCCUGCGAAAUGAAGGGAAAAACAUUCAAGAUUACAAAGGCCCACGGGAUGCUGAUGGCAUUGUUGAAUAUUUGACCAAACAAGCUGGCCCUGCUUCUGUUGAGAUUAAUAAAUCCUCCGAGGAGGCGGUUAAUCUCAUAGGGAAAAAAGUUUUUAUCGUUGGCGUAUUUUCUGAAGUUUCUGGAGAGGAAUUUGAGAACUUUACCCAAGUAGCCAAGAAGCUGCGCUCAGAUUAUGAUUUUGGGCAUACUAUUGAUGCUAAGCUGCUGCCUCAUGGGGAUACAGCAGUUAAGAGACCUGUAGUUCGCCUGUUUAAACCAUUUGACGAGCUUUUUGUUGAUUUCCAGGAUUUUCAUUUGAAUACCUUGGAAGGCUUUAUUGAAGCUGCCAGUGUCCCUAUUGUUACGAUAUUUGACAAGGAUCCUGUCAAUCACCCAUAUGUAAUGAAGUUUUUCAACAACCAAAACGCCAAAGUUUUGCUUUUCAUCCAUUUUGCUGAUGAACAUUUUGAUUCAUUCAAAUCGAAGUAUUUUGAAGUCGCUGAGAAUUACAAAGACAAGAAAUUAAGCUUUCUGCUUGGAGAUGUUAAGGCUGGUCAAGGCGCCUUCCAGUAUUUUGGCCUUGAAGAAAGUCAAACCCCGCUUAUUAUUCUUCAACAAAAUGACGGGAAAAAGUUCCUUAAACCUAACUUAGAAGCUGAUCAGAUUGCAACGUGGCUUAGGGAGUAUGUGGAUGGGAACCUCACACCUUUUAUAAGGUCGGAGCCGAUUCCGGAGGCCAAUAAUGAACCUGUGAAGGUGGUUGUGGCAAACAGUCUACAUGAUGUAGUUUUCAACUCCGGAAAGAAUGUUUUACUUGAAUUUUAUGCCCCUUGGUGCGAACAUUGUAAGAAACUGGCUCCCAUACUGGAUGAAGUAGCCGUUUCAUUGCAAGAUCAUGCUGAUGUCAUCAUUGCCAAAAUGGAUGCUACGGCAAAUGAUGUACCGAGUGAAUUCGAAGUUCAAGGCUAUCCAACUUUGUAUUUCUCGUCUGCUGCUGGAAAGCUAUUGCAAUAUGAGGGAGGUAGAACAGUCCAAGAUUUCAUUGACUUCACAAACACAAACAAGGAGGCUGCUGCAGAUAGCACUAUUCAUUCUGAUUCCAUUAAAGAUGAACUCUGAUUCUGCGCAGAUUUCUAAGUUGAGCAUGGAAGC